AAAACUCUAACCAUCUGAUUUAUCUGAGAACGUUAACAUUACGUAGUUUCCAAUGGCUAAGAUAGAGAAGAAGCGUGAACGUUUCAACAUGGACUCUUCCGUACCCGAAUCUCCACCGAUGAAGAAGAGCCGAGAAACAGAGAGAAUCUCGGACGACGUCCAUGAGCUAAACCAAGUCAACUCGCUAGAGUCGAGUAACUCGAUGAACUCGGUUCUUGAUUGGCAUGAUCUGGAACACAUGGCGGAUCUUUUAAACAUGUUUGAUGUACCAGACUCUAGGGACGGUGAUGAGGUUCCGGGACUUGAAUCUGUGGUCAAAAGUUUAGAGGAGGAUAUUAUAUCGACGCAGGCGGCGACGGAGGACAAGACUUCAAGUAGUGAAGAUGCCAUGGUUGAGUUGGUUUAUCUUCUAGAAGCUUCUGACGAUGAGCUUGGUUUGCCGCCAAGAUUCAUGGCUUCGCCAUCCAACGGCGAAGAAGUCGUUUUGGAGCCGAUAGAGUACGAAGUCGGUGAAGUUUACGACUCGUUCGACUUUGGGAUCAGCGGUUGCGGUGGUUGGAUGGAUGACGUGGAGCUUGACGGGUUUUGUGUUGACGUGGUGGAGGAUACAAAGCUGACGUGACCGCCAAAAAGUCGGCCGGUUAUGUGAAGAGGA